CGCUCUCGACGAUGCUCGGAGUUAGUGAGUUGGAAUGAUGGAUGAAAGAGUUGUACAAGAGUCGCCGGCUGCUACUUGUAUGGGAACGGAUGGAAGGCAGGAUGAAAUGAGGGAAGUGAGAGAUGUAGCAUUAUUGGAAGGUCGUGGGCUUUGGAUCGAAUGGAGAAGGUGGGUCGGACGACAUAGACACCACCCACACCUCCGAUACGCUUUGUCUCGUCCGAUACUGGUUAUGAAUCUCCAUCCUGAAAUAUUGAGAGCUGACACCAUACGUCGCUGGAGCGACCUCUGAGGGGUCUUCAAAGUAGGAGACAGGUAGAGCGACAAAACCUCGAACCCGAUUUCAACCUCGUCAACAUCAGGAUCAAAGGGAUCAAGCUCUCACCUCCACACCGCUGCUAUAUCCACACUACAUCACUCUGGACCUUCUCCGAUUGCCACCAGAUAUCUUACAAGCCACGACCGGAGGUCCACUACCUGCACGUCGCCUUUCCCUCGCUCUGCCGUACCGUCCGUACAUCCUCCGAAUUUCCGGGAUACCCGUUCAAACCAUGCCGUCUGGCUCAGCGAUAAAACGCAGCUGUUUCAUC